AUGAGUGAGGAGAAGGAAAGGGGGAAAAAGAAAAGGAAGAGUAAAACAAAAGAAAAGAAACCAAGGGUUGAAGCUCGGCCUGGGCAAAACGUAACGUCAGAGAUAGCAACUCCAGACGGGGUACGGAACACACCUUUUUGGCAAAGGCAAGCAAGGAAUGACAGGGCAAAUUUGCAACUCUCUCCCGUCUGGUUCGCCCCCCACCACCGCAAGAAGAUCAAGGAGAGGGCGAAAAGUGAAGGAGCCGUUAUGGAGCAUGGG